CGAGAGAGAGAGAGAGAGAGAGAGAGAGAGAGAGAGAUCGCGAGCGUUUAUUCUGCGCAUUUAUCGGAUCAUAUGCACAGCGAGGCUAAAGGAUUCGGAUACAGCAGUUCGGUUCUGUAUACAGCAUCAUUUUAGGGGUUAGGAAUUGAACGCAACCAAUGGAAGAUCAAAUGCGUUUAUGAGAUAAUUUUGAGACUUUCCACUGCCGCAUUUUGGACACAUCGGUGGUUUUAUGAAAAGGAAUCUGGAUGCAAAUCUUUAUGAAAAUCAUUUGCGUAAAACCGUUUAUUAGAACUGCGCAUCAUCAACACAACAUCAAUAAAACAUCUUAGGCUACACCACAACAACAUCAUUAUCAACACAUCAUCACACAGUUUCACACAUCAUAAAUCAUCAGGAGGAAUCAGAUCAUCAGAGAAUAUCAGAUGGAUCAGAUCAGUCAGUGGCUCUGGAAGCAGGAAUACUGGCUCCCUCCAGGUGUUAGUUGGAAAGAUAUGGAAAAGAUGGAGAAUUCUGUACGUCCCCUCCCGAGAGAUCUGCUCUUCUCUCUGCCUCUCGCUGUGGGAUUUAUCACGCUUCGUUAUGCUUUUGAGAGAGUUGUAGCUCUUCCUCUGAGUCGAGUUUUAGGAGUGAAAGAUCAGAUUCGUUUUAAAGUCACUGCUGCCCCCAACUUAGAGACUUUUUAUAUGAAACACAGCAGACAGCCAACACAUAAUGAUAUUGCCAGUCUUGUGAAGAAGAGCGGCUGGACUCAUAGACAGGUGGAGGUUUGGUUUCGUAACCGCCGGAAUCUGGACCGGCCGAGCAGCAGUAAGAAGUUCUGUGAGGCUUGUUGGAGAUUUGCAUUUUAUCUGGUUGCUUUCAUGGCUGGACUUGCAUCUUUAAUAAACACGUCCUGGUUAAGGGAUCAGAGGGAAUGUUGGAGAGGAUAUCCUCAACAGCCCAUGCAGGAUGUUCAUUACUGGUAUUACAUGCUUGAACUGGGCUUCUACUGGUCACUGCUGCUCUGUGUGUCUAUAGAUGUGAAAAGAAAAGAUUUUAAAGAACAGAUUGUCCAUCACUUUGCCACAAUUUUCUUGCUUGGUUUCUCUUACUGCUCAAACUACAUCCGUAUUGGGACCCUGGUGAUGCUCGUGCACGACUCUUCAGAUUUUCUGCUUGAGUCUGCCAAGAUGUUCAACUACGCUGGGUGGAAAAAAGCUUGUGAUUCAUUGUUUGUGAUUUUUGCUGCUGUAUUUCUGGUCUCACGUCUGGUUGUGUUUCCAAGCAAGAUCAUCUACACGACUCUUGUUCUGUCUAUGGAAGUAUUCCAGCCGUUUGUGGGAUAUUAUUUCUUUAAUGCUCUGCUGUUAGUCCUUCAGGCGCUGCACAUUUACUGGGCUUAUCUCAUCCUGAGAAUGAUCUACAAGUUUCUCUUCUUAGGAAAGCUGGACAAAGAUGAGCGAAGUGAUGUUGAAAGUGAACUAGAAGAUGAAGAAGAGGAAGAAGAGAAGGAGGAACAUCGGUCUUCAUGGAGGAAGAGGAAGGUUGUGAUGGAUUCAAGACUGGCAAUGCUCAACUCGAGCUGUGUUUUAAAUAACUUGACCAAUCAGAAGGCUGAUGUGAACAGAGGAUUGCCUAAAGCUAGAUAGCAACAUACUGUAUUAGUACGAACAAACUACUAUCUGAAAAGUGCUGAUAUGUUGUAUUUAUUAUAUUGUUGCUUUCAAAUACCCUGCUUGUCAAAAACACAUAAAUGACGGCAUUACUUCUGUAAUAUCAUAUAGUUUGAUAGAUUACUGUAUUUCAUCAUGUGUCAUUGUUGUCUUAAUGCACACGUCAUAUGCUUUUUUAAGGAGCAGAAUUGAAUGAGAACAAAAACGGACAACUGAUGUAAAUUUAACAGAACUCAUAUAAUUGUCUGUGAUAAUAGGUUACAAAAGGUGUCUUUUUAUAACUUAAAAUAUAUUGUUUACAUUAUGCACAAAUAUGAAUGUGAUAAUGGCAUAUGCAACACGAGAGCCAUAAAAAAUUCAAAUGAAUAAAUUGUUUUUGUAAAUUGA